AUGACUCUCCUACAUAAAGUCCGAUCGAUAUUCUUGGCUACUUCUGCAGCCUCCGCAUUGGCCACCGAAUCCGACGGCAUUGCUGCAAAUGGACUUCAAAAUAUCCACGACUCACCUUGCCGCACCCCCUGCUUUGUGCUGUCGGUCCCUUACGCGAAGUGCGCAAACCGAGGAGGCCGCGACGCCUCGACUCCCCCUCCCUCGCCUAAUCCUGCGGCUAGCCCUUGGGAGAUUGUUGAACAGAUUGGUGCUAAUGCUCAACCGUGUUAUCAUGUGCAACGCCAGCUUCGUUGCCCCAUGGUUGGGGAAAUCACUGGGAGCGAGUUGUGGUUUGAGGUCUACAAAAUCUCUGAAGCAGAGUUGGUGAAGCUGGAGUCUGGAAGACACUUGUUACAUGUAUGGAAGACUGCUGCAGCGGAUAUUGACAAAUAG